CUUGUCAAUCGUCUUAAAAGAUAUACGUGGAGCUUUUUUUUACGGGAAUUGACGCGCAAUCUCCGUGCGUAAAUGGACAGUCUAUCCUCGCGUCCUUGGAGAAGUUGGCGAAACAGUAUAUUUGCAGCAAUGAGAACUUAUUUGACGGAAAAAUAGAGAGUGUGCCGAUGUCUGGCAAACCGGCCGUCAUGUGGGAUUGAUUGCAGAGGAGUAUGUUUGGGCUGGAGCAGUUUGGUUCUCAAAUUAAUAGCAGAAACCCUGGCCAGUCAGAGAGAAACAUAAACCAACAGAGACUGAACAUGGGCUCCCAUUAUAAAGGCCCGGGGUUCCACACCGGAGGCCCGCCGGGAGCCGUGGAGCCCGGCAUGCCCCCCCUGGGUGAGCCGCAAAUGCUCGGCCUCAAUAUGAACAUGAACGGGGAGCAGUACGGGGGCUUUCACCCGCGUGGACACUCAGACAUGCAUGCAGGUGGAGGACUCCAGCAGCAGCAGCAGCAGCAGCAAGGACCGAUGCAUGGAUUUUUUAACAACCAGCAACCUCAUCAAGGACAUCCUCACGGCCAUCAACCUCACCCCCAUCAGCACCAUCCUCAUUUCAGUGGGAAUUUUGGAGGCCCGGAGCCAGGGUCAUCAUGCCUACAUGGUGGUAGGCUAAUGGGCUACAACAAUAAUGGCAUGGGACCACAGCAGGGUUUUGGAGAAGGAUUUGAUCCUCUUGCUGAGGGACAGACAGGGGAUGGCUUCCCCCAGCCGCAGCAGCGCUCCAGUAACAUGCCUGACUUCCAACACCACGGGCCUCCUAGUGGCAAUCAUGCCGUCCCUGCCCCCUGUCUACCCCUGGACCAGUCACCCAACAGAGCAGCAUCCUUCCACGGUCUUCCUUCUUCCUCAUCAUCAUCCUCUGAGUCUCAUGGUUUGGAGCCUCGACGGAUGCCAAACCAGGGAGCUGUGGAAGGAUUAGACUAUAACUUCCCCAGUGAGCCUCAGUCUGGACAUUUUGACGUACCUGUGUUUUCCCCAUCAGAAUCAGAAUCUCAGUUACCACACUUUGGCCCCGGAAGGCCGGUUCCCAGCGGGAAUUUCCCGGGGAACUCCGGCAUGCCUCGGACACCAGGUAUGCCAGGCAUCUCCAAGGGCCACCAGCCGCCGCCACAGUCCCAGCAACCUCAGCAUGGAGUGUUUUUUGAGCGUUUUGGAAACGGCCGGAAGGUGCCCGUGGGAAUGGAGCCGGGGGUCAGUGCAAGACAUCCUCUCAUGCAGCAGCAACAACAGGCUGGCUUGAUAGCCAGACAGAACUCAUGCCCCCCUGGCCUCCCCCGACCCCCUCAGGCUGAGCCCAGCUCUACUAACCCUAACAUUCUGGAUGGAGGGGUCAUGAUGCCUGGCCAACACAACCAGUUUGAAUAUCCCAUUCACAGACUGGAAAAUAGGGGUCUGCACCCCUAUGGGGACCCCAUGUUUAAUAUGCAACAGCAAGCUCCUCCUCCCUCCCAGCAACCCCCAAAUCAAAGGCUGCAACACUUUGACUCCCCUUAUAUGAACAUGGCGAAAAGGCCUAGAUUUGAUUUUCCUAAUGCGCACGGUGGUGAAGGCUGGUGUGGCAGUAUAGACAACCACCUGUCCCCCUCUGCCUACCCUGGACUUCCUGGAGAAUUCACCCCCCCUGUGAAUGAAGGUUUCGCACCCGGUCCCCUGCAGCACCCUGGACCUGAGCAGCAGUCUCUGCAGCAGCGCCAAAACGCAGCCAUGAUGAUAAAACAGAUGGCUUCACGAAACCAGCAGCAGAGGAUGAGGCAGCCCAGUCUGCAGCAGCUGGGUCACCAUGGCGAUGUUCCUCCUGGCCCGAUGGCUCAUGGUGGCCCAGUCGGAAACAUGCCACAGACUAACUUUGACAGAGAGAAUGGUGGCAGAAUGCCCAACAUUGAUGGACAAAAUCCUCAUGUACCUCAGGAGAACUGGUUUCAGGGCUCCCACCCGCCGGGGGAGAUGAUGUCCCGGCGUAUGGGUGGAGCGGGUAACGAAUCAGGGCCUCACGACAUAGGGUUGCAGCAGAACGGGCCUGGGAUGAUGUUUAGGCCAGGCAUCGGCAUGCAGGAGCCCAUGAGAAUACCAGGAGACGGGCAUGUGCAGACCCUCCAUUCCCCGGGCAUGCACUCGCAGUUCGGCGGUAACAUGGGCAACCUCUCACAAAUGCAGUCUCCAGGAGCAGGGACAGGACAUCCAAACGCACCAGCAGAGAGGCGGCCAGCUGACUUCCCUGCACCUCCAAUGGGAGCACAGCCAACAUUUCCCUAUGGGGGGGCUAACCGACAGGGGCCUGCCCACAAUGCUCCCCAGGGGGUGAGCACCUCACCAGGGAGCUACCCUCCUCAGCCUGAGUUCCCCUCAGGCCAGCGGUCGUCUGUUAGUAAGCUGGGAGCUCUGUCCCUCGGGAAUUUCAGCAAAACCAGCACUAAAGACAGUGUUUUUGGCCAGAGCUGCCUGGCGGCCCUUUCUACGGCCUGCCAGAACAUGAUCGCUAGCCUAGGGGCCCCCAAUCUCAACGUAACGUUCAACAAGAAGAACCAAAAUGAGGGCAAGCGAAAACUGAGUCAGACAGAGCAGGACAUUAAUAGCAGCACAUCUAAUGGGACUGGCAGUGCUGGUCCUGAAUAUUUUCAGAGCAGCACUUCCCAGAACAGCCAGAUGCCUGGCACCGGGAAUAGCAACUCUAAGCCUGCAGUUCAAAGCCAGACGGUGCAGGGGGAAGCCAGUGCCCUCUCCCCAAAUUACAACAUGGACGCUACCCCGUGCAGUGAGGGGAAGGCAACAACAGGGAGUGGGAGAGGGAGAGGGAGGAGAAAAAGAGACAGUGGACAUGUGAGCCCUGGAAUUUUUUUUUCCUCUGACAAUGGCAACCCUGUUGUAAGUCCAGGCCAGCAGACCCCCUCGGCUGGCGUUGGGGAGAGGGGUGGGGGCACGCCCCAUGAGAAACACCUCCAGUCACCCUCUUGGGGAAAAGGAGGUGACCUAAUGUUGGGGGACCAGGCUGACCUUAUGUCUUCUUUAGACAGCGGCAUUCAAAGUGUUGCUGCCAAGUCUGACAGUAGCUCACCGAGAGUGGACUUUCCUGACGAUGUCAGCACCCACUACGGCAACGAGGAUGAGGUGUCCUCCAGUUCAGACGCAGGAGGGGCCUCAGCCUCGAAGCCUAAUCGCAGCCCCAUGAUCACUGCCUCCCCGAAAAUGCAGAGGAGUGACCACGGGCUGAUAAAUGGACAGAAGCCCCUAGGCAUGGGCAUUAACAAUCAUACUACCUCGACGCCAGACAGCUAUGGACUGAACGCUGGUGUGGGCACAGGGGCCAGUGGGGUCAGCCACCCGGGCACGCCUGGUGUGGAACAGGUACGAACCCCAUCCAGCACCUCUGGCCAGGAGGAAAUCCAUCCUCUGGAGAUUCUGCAGGCCCAGAUCCAGCUGCAGCGGCAACAGUUCAGUAUCUCUGAAGACCAGCCUCUGGCUAUGAAGAAUGGCAAAAAGAAUGGCGACUGUCCCUCACAGAACGGAGACAAUGAGCUGGCGAGCUGCAGCCCGGAUGCUGGGAAGGGCUCAAUGGGCACUAUUGACCUUGACACCCUCAUGGCAGAGCAGCACGCCACCUGGUACGUGCCCAGUGACAAGGCCAUGAUGGACGGGUCGGAGGAUGACAAGGCCAUGGGACCCUGGGAAAAAAACAAGAGCCAAAACAACAGUAAAGAAGAAUCAGAGCUCUCCCAGAGUAAAGCUGGAGCCCCGGCGGCUGGAGGAGGAGGCGGAGGCGGAGGAGGAGGAGGAGGAGGAGGAGGAGGAGGAGGUGGGAGCAAUGGAGGAAACCACCUGCAGUGCCUGUCCGUCCACUGCACAGACGAGCUGGGGGACAGCAAGGGCCGAGGGGGGCCGGUCUCGUCCUGGCGCUCGCUCCACUCCGACAUCUCGAACCGAUUCGGGACGUUCGUGGCGGCACUGACUUGAACGAACGGCGAGCCCGGCAGGAAGACGCGGGGACGAUUAGAAAAUGAGAAGAAGGAAAGCUUGAGAGACGAAUAACAUUGACGAGGACGGUGUUGGUGAUGGUUUGUUGACGAGACGACUUGCGCGCGGCUCUUGCCUGUUCAGGGAGAGAAAGACAUUUACACUCAUAAAUGCAAAA